ACUUGUUUAUUUGUAAUUUUAGGUUACAGUGUACUAGUGUAAUCGGUUUCUGAGUUUUUCGUGAUGACUUAAUUUCAAGUUUAUUACUUGUGAUUUAGGACAAAAUUUAUGAUUUCAUGCAAAAAUAAUUUAAAUCAAUUCAUUUGAAGUUUUACAAGUCCUAAAACUGAAAAGUAGAUGCCAUCACGAUAAUGCCGCAACAUUGCUGAAUUCAUUUAUUAAUUUAUUUAUAUUACAUAUAAUAAGGAGAAAAAUCAAGAUGAGUAGUCGUGGUUUAUCUAAAAAAGAGAUAGAAGAAUUAAGGAAGAAAGAAGAAGAGGAAGCUGCGGCGCACGUAUUUAAGGAAUUUGUUGAAACAUUCCAAGAAGUGCCGAGCACCACAUCCAAGGUCUGGGUCAAGGCUGGAACUUAUGAUGCCGGGGCGAGAAAGGAAGAUACAUCAGAGCGUGGUAAGCUCUACAAGCCCACGUCACGCCUGGAGGAGAAGCGUAGUGCCAGCGAGGCGGAUGUGGUCCGCAGCCUGGCUCGGUCCGACCCGCCCGGACGACCCAAGAAGAAGAGCGGAGACAAGAAGAAAAGCAACCUAGAACUGUUCAAGGAGGAGCUCCGGCAGAUCCAGGAGGAGCGCUCAGAACGUCACAAGUACAAGAACGUGCUGAGGGACCGAGGAGUGGGGGUACCCGAGCCAGUGAUUGACGUCAUCCCCGACGUGGGCUCCUACGACACUGGCGACCCCAACACCACCAACCUGUACCUGGGGAACUUGAACCCAAAGAUAACAGAGCAGCAGUUGAUGGAGAUCUUCGGUCGGUACGGUCCGCUGGCCAGCAUCAAGAUCAUGUGGCCUCGCUCCGACGAGGAGAAGGCGCGCGGCAGGAACUGCGGGUUCGUGGCGUUCAUGUCCAGGAAGGACGGAGAGAGGGCGCUGAGGUGCAUCAAUGGAAAGGAGAUAAUGAACUAUGAGAUGAAGCUGGGUUGGGGCAAGGCGGUGGUGAUCCCUCCGGUGCCUAUCUACAUCCCGCCCUCCCUCCAGCAACCCUGCAAGCCUCCCCCGCCCUCCGGGCUGCCUUUCAACGCACAGCCGCCCAGACACCUCGCCAACAAGAUACCAAGGAUCCGUCCGGGUGAAUACUACCCGAGCGACUCCGGCGACAAACAACUGUACGAUCAGAUAUUAUCCCAAUCCAUAGUCAAAGUCGUCAUUCCGACUGAAAGGAACAUCCUGAUGCUGAUCCACCGUAUGGUGGAGUUCGUGAUCCGCGAGGGGCCGAUGUUCGAGGCCAUCAUCAUGAACAAGGAGAUGAACAACCCCUACUUCCGGUUCCUGUUCGAGAACCAGUCGCCCGCACACGUGUACUACAGGUGGAAACUGUUCUCCAUGCUGCAGGGGGACUCGCCCAAGUCCUGGAACCUCGAGGACUUCAGGAUGUUCAAAGGUGGUUCCGUGUGGCGUCCGCCCGUCAUGAACCUGUACACGGCCGGCAUGCCCGACGAGCUCGUGGACGAAGAGGACGCCAAGGAAAACAUCCGAGGAACGCUCUCCAACAAUCAGCGCGACCGUCUGGAGGAGUUGAUCCGCAACCUGUCGCCGGCCCGCCGCAGCGUGGGCGAGGCCAUGGCGUGGUGCCUGGAGCACGCGGAGGCGGCGGGCGAGGUGGCGUGCUGCGUGAGCGAGGCGCUGUCCCAGCCGCGCACCACGCCCGCCCGCCGCGUGGCCCGCCUCUACCUGCUGUCCGACAUCCUGCACAACGCCGGCGCCAAGCUCACUAACGCCAGCGCCUAUCGCGGAGCGUUCCAAUCUCGUCUGGUGGACAUCAUGCGCGAGUGCCGCGUGGCGUGGACCCGGAUGUCGUCCCGCAUGCAGCAGGAGGGCUUCCGGGCGCGCGUCACACGCAUCCUGCAGGCCUGGGCCGACUGGGCCGUCUACCCCACAGACUUUCUGCUGCACAUCAACGACGUCUUCCUCGGACAGAAUAAGGAGGGCGAGACGCGUCCGACCCUUGAGGUCGAUCGUGACGAGGGGGACGAGGACGGUAACGCCUCCCCGGGGUCCUCCGCCUCGGGCGCCUCUGGCGGCUCCGGGGGUUCCGGGGGCUCCGGCCCGCUGGACGGAGCCGCGCUCAGGAGACUCGCUGAACAGAGACCUCCACAACUUAAUAUAAGACCGGAAGUUAACGACGACAUCGACGGUGUGCCGGUUGACGAAGAUAUAGACGGCGUUCCGCUGGACACGGAGGAGUGUUCUGCGGCCGAGGGCUCGAGCGUCGGUCGCAGUACGGCCGCGUUCGUGCCCUCGCGCUGGGAGAGCGUCGACCCCGGGCCCUCCACACACUCCAGGGACGACUCGCCGCCCAAAGACAGCUCUGAUGCGGAGCGUUCGAGUCAAUUCACUAGCUCGGGCGUAGGGGGGGUGGGGGGAGACUGCGGCGAGGGGGCGCUGAGGAGAGAAACACUGAGGGAUAUAGAGGUACGCGUGUUGAAGUACGCGGACGAGUUGGAGGCGGGCCUCAGGCCUAGCAAGUCAGGCCUGCCACACGCGCAACAGAUACAACAACACAGGAAGAAACUCAUCAGGAAGGCUCUCCGUGAGGCGAAGGAGGCUCGCGAGGCCGAGGAGCCCCUCUCCCCGGAGGACGACACCUUCUCCACCAGCUCCCGGAAGUCGAAGAAGUCGCGGGAACCGUCAAUGUCGCCGCCCACCAAGAGGAACAGGCCGGGAGAUCGAAAAUCAAGAUCAAAGUCGAGAUCACGCGAACGAGAUAGAGAACGAGAGAGGUCUCGAGAUAGAGAUCGCGAGCGAGAAAGAGACAGAGAUAGAGAACGAGACAGAGAUAGAGAUAGGGAGAGACGGAGGCGGUCGCCGAGCACGCCGCCCCAUCACAGGAAACACGCGAAGCACAGUAAAUAUAAGUACUAGCGUGACAUAGUAUAGUGGAAUACCUUUCCUUUGUAAUAAAAUAAAUUUUACUUCAGAAA